AUGAGUUUUGUUUCAGUUAUUGAGAAACGAAUCAAAAAACUACAAAAUUUUUUGAAAAAGGCAUUCUUAAAUCAUUCAAACCAAAUUAUUAAGAACGUAUAUUAUAGACACUUAAUCAGAGAUUUGAACUAUGAGGGGAAGAGAUAUAAUAGUGUUAUUUUAAGAAAGACAUUCAAAAUGUGGAAAAUUAUAUAUUCAUAAAUUAAUAUAUUUUAUAAUUGUUCGAAAUAUUAUAUACACGAAAUUAUAAUAGAUAAAGAACUUGAAAACAGGACUAAUUCAAACAAGGUAAUAAACACUAAUAUCUAUUUUUAAAGCUAUUUGGUAGAUGUGGGAGUAGAGAGUAAUAUAUUAAUUUGAUUAAUAUAUAAACGAGAAUGAAAUUAUUUUAUUUUUUAUAAUAAACCCGAAAUGGAAAAUUACUAAUGUCCCCAGGUCCUAAUACUUUUGAUUAUAGCCUAAUGAAGGAAAAUGCAUAUUUGGUUAAGCUGGGCUAGGGAUGUCAGAAUCAAACUUUCAGAUUGCUAAAAACGACUCAAAUGUGGCAAAGCAUAUAAAAUUCAUUACUGCGAAUUGCUUUGUGA